AUGGUCACCAACUUUUCCAAGCCAGGCGGACCGAUCUUCUUCUAUCAAGGCGAGGAGCAAACCUACCUUGACUGUAUCGAUACGAGCAUUGCGUAUACCUGGGCCAAGGACACCCACGGAAUCGCUGUCACCCUCGAGCACCGCUACUUUGGCGAGAGUGCCCCUUUCGGAGCGAGCGACCCUACAAAGCAAUGGAACGAAUACGCAUACCUGACACUGGACAACGUCAUGGCCGACGGCGUCGCCUUCAUGGACCAUACCAAGCAGAACAUCACCGGUGCGCAGGACGGCAAGGUCAUAGUCCUCAGCGGUCCGUCCACGCCUUAA